AUGGAGGCGCUGUCUCUGCACGGAGGCCAGGAGGAGGAGGAGGAGGAGGAGGAGGAGGAGGCUAGGGGGGGCUUGGGGCGGGAGCUGGCUAGACUGAGGGGGCCUCUGGGCACCUGGGGGGUCCGGAGGAAGAGAAUGUUCACCCCCGAGGAGAAGAAGGACGCCACCUACUGGGAGAAACGCCGCAAGAACAACGAGGCGGCGAAGCGCUCGCGGGAGAAGCGACGAGUCGGCGACCACGUCCUGGAGAGCCGUCUGGUGGCGAUGAGCGAGGCGAACACGCGCCUGCAAGCCGAGCUGACGGCCCUGAAGGUGCACCUGAGUCGGCUGUGCCACGCCCCUUAUGCACCCCCCCUCUGCCCGGCCCCCCAGCCCCACGCCCCAUCCCCCGCCGGCGCCAACACACAGCACCCGGAGAGAGAUGUUUACUGGGGGGGCAUCAGGGACCACUAUGGGCUAUCUCCCCUGGUUACCCUGCCUAAUCUGCCUACCUCGCACCCCCCCAUGGCCCCCCUGACCCCCCUGCCCCCCAUGGCCGGCCCAGGGUUCUUCCUACCCCCCACCACCCUGCUCCCCAUAAGAUCCUACCUACCCCUGCUGGACCUACAGGGGGCGGUGCCCACGGCCCCCCGGCCCUCCAGGCCACCCUGGGGGGCCGUGCUCAGAUCUGGAGGCCAGAGGGGGGGAGGGGGGGAGGAGGGGGAGGAGGGGGAGCAACAGGUACCUGGAGCCCCUUCCUCCUCUUCCUCCUCAGCCCUGCCCCACAAGCUGCGUCUGAAGACCCACAAGACCGCCCCCCCUCGUAGGGAGGGGGGGAGACAGCACUCACCUGUGAUUCACUUCUAUGUGUCUGACUGACUGACUGGUUGGCUGGCUUACUGGCUGGCUUCUUUACGUUUAACUGGUUGACUGACUGACUG